UCACCACUACUCCCUUCACCGUACCCCUCGGGCUACGUCAAGAUCCACGAGCUGGGGGUGUACAAAGUGCACCGCGACCGCGUCCCCUGGGAGGCGGCGCGGCGAAUCUGCCAGGCGGAGGGGGCGCGACUUCUGGUCGUCAACUCGCAGUCCGAGGCGGACGCCGUCCUCGGGACCAGCGGCCUGCCCAGUUGGUUCUGGCUGGGUUUCGACGACUUCGACAACGCGGGCCAAUACAUCACCCUUGACGGAAACACAUUGCUCGACGCUGGGUACGAGAAAUGGGAUUCCGGAGAGCCUGACAAGUCAGUCAACUGUGGGGUGGCGUCUGUCAGGGGCUUACUGGGGACUGGAAACUGCAAUCUUAAGCGAGAAUAUAUUUGCGAGCUGAUCUGAACAAACGAUUGGGGGAUUCAGAGCCUCCCGACAACAUUUUUAUAAUAAUGCGAAGUAAGUAUGUAAAAAAGUGAAUAUUGUGAAGAAUGUUUCUCAAAAACAAUGUAUUUUUAUUUAUGUUAUAAAUACAAUACCUCGCCAAGGUUUCAUGAAAGGGUUGAUAAAAAUCCAAAGUACUUGACCAAUUCUUUAAAAUUAACAAAAAAUUUAGUUUGUCAGUGUCAAUCAGUUGCGUGUGUUCAUAAAAUAUUAACCUCUAAAUACCAGGAGAAAUUGAUAAUAGCCCUACAAUCACAAUACCAAAUGUAUCAAGUACCGCUUGUUGAAGUACAUGUGAGAGAUUAUCACUGUUCAUAAGUACACCAAUGUUUUAUUUAUUAUAAAAAAUAUUUUCAUUCAUGACUGAAAUAUGUGACGCAUUUUGACCACAAAAGCAUCAUAUUUAUUGGAAAAAGUCCAGAGAGGCCGAAAUUAAUGAUUUAGAAUAUAAAAUGUUUCAUUCAGAAACAUAACAUUCAAACUCUCCUUAUUUGAAGAAAGAGUAAAAUAUAAAUCCCUGUAAGUUUUUAAAAGAGUAUAUGAACUAUCCAAAUCAAAGAAUGAUGUAUUGAAAAUUGCACCUAGUACGUGAGAUUAUUGAGAGUGAUGGUGACAAAAAGCAGUGGCGAAAACGGUGCAGUGAAGAAACCUUGUUCAAAUUCACGAAACAAUAUAACGAACCAUUUAUAUGAAAAUUUUGUUGAAUUCAAAAUUUGUUGUUGUAUUAAAUAAAAGUUUGAACAUGCGAU